UGCUUUUUUUUUUUUUAACUUUCUUUGAAUCUUCUUUUCAUCUGUCUGUUAAGCUGUGGUUUACUUCCCUGAGCACAGCGGCUAAUCGUAAGUUCUUUCUCUAGUAAGGCCAGAAGAACUGAGGGGAGUUAUGAGUUACUGCAGCAUCUUUAAGAUAUAAGCCCCGUCUGCACUCCUUUAUUCAAAUGGACCCAGCUGUAACACAGAGGGCUGGUCUCCAUGCAGCGCUCACUGAGGUAUUUUCUGUUGAAUCACAUGACCUCUUGGCUAAACCAACUUGGCCAGACUCCACAGCAUCCACAUCUGGAGCAUGUCUUAUAGCUUCUGGGGCUCUGCUGUUUGGCGUCCUGGGAAUGCAGCAGUGUUUAUUCUUUGUAGCCACUAGUACCACAAGGGCAAGGGUUUUCUCUGCUGCAGGGCUGAUAGUAUUUGAGAAAGAGAAAAACAUCAGGGAGGAAAUGGUGGGAGGGAACUGAGGAAGACGAAGAAGGAACUGGUCUAUAAAAUGAAAGGCAGCUGGACCAGAGUGAAGUGUUUGUGAGAGUAUUUGGCAAGACCAUCAGAGCCUGAGCUGUGCAGAGACCAAAGCCACUGCUUGUGUGAAUUAGUGUGUGUGUAGACCCAUGCAGGUGACAACAGAGUUUGUCAGUUUUCUGAUUGUGAACAUCAGUGUGUGAGAGACCAUGUCGCAGUCUGAGAAAAAGCUGUCGGUGAAACGCUGCUUCACCUUUGCGACGGGCCUGGUGGAGUGUCUGUGUUUUGCUGGAGCUGUGUUUGGAUGGGCUUCUCUUGUUUUUGUCCUCAAGGAGGAAGGCUACUUCACUUCUCUGUGUGUCAAUGCCACAGGAGUCAAUGGUACACAGACAUUAGAUUGCAGUGCACAGGAUGAACAGUUCUCACUUGUUUUCACCAUCGCCUCCUUCAUGAAUAACUUCCUCACGCUGCCCAAUGGUUUCCUCUUUGAUCACUUUGGUACAACAGUGACUCGGCUCUUUGGAAUAUUUCUUUAUACCAUAGGUACCUUGAUGGUGGCUUUCUCCACAUCAGCUCUGGCAUACCUGCUCUUCCCAGCUCUCUCCCUCCUGGCUGUGGGUGGCAUCUUACUCCUGAUGACAAACAUGCAGGUUGGAAACCUGUUUGGCUCACAUCGCUCCACCAUCAUCACUCUGUACAACGGGGCCUUUGACUCGUCAUCUUCUCUCUUCCUCGUUAUCAAGUUGUUACACGAGUCUGCUGUUUCUCUUCGGGCGUCUUUCCUUUUUCUGUCCGCCUGCAGUGUGAUACAUGUCCUCAGAACUUUCUUCCUGCUGCCCCGAAAAUUCAUCCCCUACCCGCUGCCUGACUCCUACACAUACGGGAUAACUUGCAGUAAGUCAAGCUCUCUGAGCACAGAGGAGAAAGCAAAUGGUCACGUACAAUCAACAGCAGAGGAAACGGAAACACCGCUCACCAAGGAUGCCCCUGUGAAGCAAGAGAAGAGUUUCCGUGAGUGUUUGCUGUCCCGGUUCUUUGUAUGGCACCUGCUGUGGUUGUCAGUGAUGCAGCUCAGACAUUACCUGUUCAUCGGCACUCUUAACCCCAUGCUGCAGAGGCUGACAGCUGGAGAGUCCUCACUGGUGAGUCAGUACACCAAUGCCUUCGCUAUCACCCAGCUGUGUGGCGUGCUCUGUGCUCCCUGGAAUGGUGUCAUUAUGGACAGAUACAAAGGCAAACCUCGCACUUCAGGAGAGACCGAACAGGAGGUGGACUUGCGAGCCUCAGUGCUUUCUCUCUUCUUGACAGCGCUGCAAUGCUUGUUGUUUUCCAUAUGCGCUUCCACCCCUUUUCUGCCUCUUCAGUACCUCACCUUCAUCCUGCAGGUGCUCAACCGCUCUUUCCUUUAUGGCGGCAACGCAGCCUUCAUCAGUGUAGCAUUUCCAUCCUGCCACUUUGGGAAGCUGUACGGUCUGGUCAUGGCUCUGUCUGCGGUAUUUUCCCUGCUGCAGUAUCCCUGCUUUUCUCUGGUGAAAGGAUCUUUGGAUGGAGAUCCUUUAUAUGUGAACAUCGGCUUGACGCUGCUCAGCCUGCUGGCCUUCAUCCAUCCCCUCUCUGUCUACCUGCACUGUCGACGUGUUGCCUCCCAGCAAGCCAGGAAUCAAGAUGUCACUGCCACAUCUUAAAGCCUGUUAAAUGACAGCUCUUAAAACUCUUAAAAACAGUUACCUGCACAGUUUGUGCAGCCAAGACUGAGUAUAUUUUGUUCUCUGGCCUCUGUGCUUCAGCAUGUUGAGUUGGGAAUAAGAAAAAAAAAAGAUUAGAUUCAUGAAACUCAUUUACAUGGCCGCCUCACCUUGUCUGGGUUUUUGAUGCAAAUUACAAUUUAACAACUAUUAUCACAAGAAAUUCCUCACAUAAAAACAAAUAGAAAUCCCAAAAUGUUGGUCUGUACAUAAAUUGUUACUUUUGCCAUUUUCAUAAAUGAAUGUGAAGGACAGAGCCCAAAGAAGCAAAAGAAGCGAUCAUGUCAGAAUACUUAACAAAAAAAUUUACAGUCUCCAACAUUACCUCCUGUGAGUUUACCCCCAAAUAGUCCAUUUUUUUAAGACCUGAUGGAUGAACAGAUUGCUUUGCUCUAUAUUUCCAUUUUUGUGGUUAGUCUGACAUUGAGCUGGUCCCUCAAGCAUCAGGGACCAGAACUUUGUAGCACCUGAUUAGAUGUUAAUGUUUUUUUUUACAAACCAUGACUUUUUAAAUAUUAUUUCUUAUGUUUACUGCACAAAGUUUCCAUAACUUCUUGUGCUUUACUGUUUUGUUUUUAACUGAACCAGUACAUUUUUAUUAUUAGCCAUCCAUUUUUAUGACAUUAUGGGGCCUAAAGCUGAAAAAUUUCACAAAUCAGCUGCAUAUCAAUAGAGAUCUCUUGGACUUAUAAAAAUAUUUUUUUACAAAAAAAUGAGUAAAAGGACCAAUACUGUUCAAAUUGCAUAAGGGACCUUCAGGAUAAGACUUUCAUGUUUAAACUGAAAUACAUUACCAGAAAAAUGUUUGACUGGUAAUGUAAUUUACUUGAAAAUCAGCUGUUAACUUACAACUUUGCUAUCUGCUGGCUUCACAGUGGAUCUGUUAGUUAUGCACGUCACCACUGUGACAAACAUGAAGUUGUCUAGAACAGGGAUUCUCAAUUCGGUCCCACGAAAGCUGGGUCAUUGUGCAGAUCCAUUUAAUUUGAGCCAGGUGUGUUGGAGCAGAGUAACAUUGAAAACCUGCAGGACAGUAGGCCUCGUAGAACCGAAUUGAGUAGCCCUGGUUUAGGAUGUGAAGUCUCAGAUUUUCAGUGUUUUUGGAGUCAUAAAGGAUUUAUUUUAAAAACUGUGCCAUGACCUUAAGGAUAUUAAAAGGGAAAUCUUUA